AUGCUCGAAAAAGUUGAGCUCAACGAAAAGUCGGCGCUGCGAAAUUUCGAUCAAGUUUUUGAGAGGAUAUCACAUUAUGGUCGCUAUCAACUCUUCGUCUUCCUCGUCUUUCAAUAUUUAAUGCUAAACGCGGCCGGGAACUAUUUAUUCAUGUCGUUCGGAGGGUUGUACCGUACCUGCGACGAUCUGGAGUGGAAUUUGGAAACUGUCAAAGACGUGUGUACCAUGGUGAAAAAUUGCCCUCAAAACGCCUCGUCCACCAGUUAUUUCUAUUCGCUAUAUGAAGACGAAAAUUUCGUCUGUCCGAAUAGUGGACUGCCGCAGCAUUUGCAGUCUCUACAGGCUAUAGGGUCUGGAAUCGGAGCGCUGGUGGGAGGGCAUGCCGCUGAUCAACUUGGGAGAAAGCUGAUUAGCACGACCGGAGCGAUACUGAUGAUACUUUCUGGCCUAUUAGGUGCACUAUCGCCCGACUGGAUGGUGUUGGCUGUAGCGAUGUUUGGCAUGGGCUUCAGCUACGGCAUUCUUAUUGACGCCGCUUUGACGCUUGCCACUGAAACCGUCGGCCCAAAGUUUCGUAUCGUGCAGACGCUAGCGGUACAAUGGAGUGUGGCGAUGCAGAUCGCCUCUGUCAUUGCCUAUUUUGCGGGUAGCUGGCGACUAUAUCUAAUUGUGAUUAAUGUGGCUGUGGUCCCAGCACUAUUUUUGUUGAAUACCUGGGUCGAAUCACCGAGGUGGUUGAUACAGAAGCGGGAUUUGAAAACGGCAGCCAUUUGCCUAAACAAAAUCGCUGCGAGAAACCAAGAAAAAGUCCGGUUUACCGAGGACGAUUUGAAAGAAAUCGAGCUGGAUGAUGGAAAUCAAAAGCUCUAUUCCGUCUGGCACCUCUUUAUGACUCGACAACUAUUUUUAUACAGUAUCGUAAUGAUAUUAUCGGCUUUGACGGCCGAGACUACGAUAGCUGUGAUAUUAUUUGAUGUUCAGUCACUAGCCGGGAAUCCAUUCCUAAAUGUUGCCCUCUACGGUACUCUCCGAAUGUGGGUACCUCUCUUCAUCAUAUUCCUGGAGAAAUAUUCAAAUAAUAUCGGCCGGAGGGCGUUGUUUAUUUAUUCGCAAACAUUUACCGUACUGUGCUUUACGAUAUUUUUAAUAUUACCGUCCACUUUUCCUUAUCAAUCCAUGAUAAAGACGGUAUUGGCAUUGGUAGGAGGUAUCGUUAAUGCCUCAAUAUUCUUCACCGUCUACAAGCAAUAUUCUAUGGAGUUGUACCCAACAUUGAUGCGGGCAAUGGCUGUCGGAACGUUUGGAGUGGUAGAGAGAAUUGGUGGCGGCCUCUCCCCGCAACUCGUCUACCUCUCGCGAGUUUUCUGGCCGGGGUUUGGAGUUUGUGUAGCGACGGUAUUUUGUGCGGCCAGUUUAAUUGCCGGGUUCUUCGUUUUGCCGGAAACCAAGAAUCGAACAAUGCCCGACACACUUCGACAAGAAGAAAAUUUAGAAAAAGUGGACGAAGAGUGCAAA